AUGCGCGAGGAGGAGCUCGAGGUGGCGCUCAAGGUGGUGAUAGUGGGCGACGGAGGGGUCGGCAAGUCUAGCAUGAUCCAGCGCUACUGUCGCGGAACCUUUACGCGCGACUACAAGAAGACCAUUGGCGUGGACUUCCUUGAACGACAAAUUGAUAUUGACGGUGAGGAGGUCCGCUUGAUGUUAUGGGACACGGCAGGGCAGGAAGAGUUCGACGCAAUCACGAAGGCGUACUAUAGAGGCGCGCACGCCUGCGUCCUGGCCUUCUCAACCACAGACAGAGAUUCCUUCCUUGCACUACACUCUUGGAAACUAAAGGUGGAGAAUGAAUGCGGAGAAAUACCCACAAUAAUAGUACAGAACAAAAUUGAUCUUAUGGAUCAGUGUGUUGUUGGACCCGACGAGGCUGAGUUAGUGGCUCGCGCGCUGGGCUGCCGGCUGAUGCGCGCGUCGGUGAAGGAGGACGUGAACGUGGGCGCCGUGUUCCGCGCGCUCGCCGCGCGCUGCCUCGCGGACGCGCGGCGCGAGCGCGCGGACACGCCGCCCGCCUGCGUGGCGCCCGUCAUCGGCACAUUCACAAACCAUAACAGCAACGGCACGAUUCUUUUGCGGCCGGCGAAACACCGGCCCGGUGGUAAAAAGAAGAAUGUACUUAAAAGUGCGUGUCGAAUAUUGUGAAAAAGUUACUUUAAAGGCACGAUUCAUCAAUUCUUAGGUAUAUAUUUUAUCUAAAAAUAUAAAUGUAAUAUUGUUUGUAUAUUAAAAUUAUAAUUACUUACGGAAGCACAAAACAGUGCCAAAUAUAACGUUGUUAUCGUUUUAAGGUGAAUAGAUUGGCGUACAAGGUGCUUUGAUGAUUUUAUUGUUGUACAUAUGCAUACGUGUAGUUAAGCAUGUAAAAAUUGUUUGUACUAAUUUUUAAUGACAAUUUCCUUUUAUUUAAGUUAUUUAUAAAAUAAUAUCGCAACGAAAUAGUAAAUUAUUUUAUUCGCUGAAAUUGCCAAAUACAACAAAGGAAAGUUUUUUUUAACAAAUUAACCUGAGUCUUUUAAAGUGUACUUACUAUUUAUAUCUUACCAUUUCAAUGUAAAUAUAUUUUUACUAAAA